AGAUACACCCAAGACGAAGAAAGGCUUGUCCAAUACGUGAAAACUUUGACAACAUCAUCAUCACCAUCUUCUUCUUCUUCUGGGCCUUGGUCUCUUACAUUUACAUUUGCACCUCUCCUCCACCACAAUAGCUUCUCCCUUUCACAUGGGUUCUUCCUCUGGGAGCUUAGAGACCUCUGCAAACUCGCAUCCCCUUUUCUCUUUCUCCUCUUUCAUGUCCACUUCCUACUCCGACCUCCUCACGUCCGCCGACGAGGAUCCCGUCACCACCACCACUGGUGACAAGGGUGCCGUGGGGAGGGGGCUUUCGGAUCGAAUUGCAGAGAGGACGGGGUCCGGAGUGCCGAAGUUCAAGUCAAUUCCUCCGCCUUCGCUGCCCAUCUCCCCGCCUCCGAUCUCUCCUUCUUCUUACUUUUCUAUUCCUGCAGGGUUGAGCCCAGCUGAACUUCUCGACUCGCCUGUGCUUCUCUCCUCUUCUAACAUUCUGCCUUCUCCGACAACAGGAACUUUUCCAUCUCAGGGCUUCAAUUGGAGGAGUAAUUCGAACAGCAACCAGCAGGAUGUCAAAAGGGAAGAUAAAAACUACCUAGAUUUUUCGUUCCAACCCCAGGCAAGGCCUUCCACGACUUCAGCAAGCAUGUUUCAGCCUUCAACCACCACGAUUACUACUGAACAAGCCUUGAGAGGACAGCAACCAGCUUGGAGUUUUCAAGAACCAACCAAGCAAGAUAGUUUUUCAUCAGAAAAAACUACGGUGAAAUCUGAAUUUGGUUCCUACCAGAGCUUCUCCCCUGAGAUUGCCACGAUCCAAACUAACACUCAGAGCAACGGAAACGGCAACAAUGGAUUCCAAUCGGAUUAUGGCAGUUACCACGCAUCAUCUCAGUCAAUUAGAGAGCAGAGAAGAUCAGAGGACGGGUACAAUUGGAGGAAAUAUGGGCAGAAACAAGUGAAAGGAAGCGAAAACCCGAGAAGCUAUUACAAGUGCACAUACCCCAAUUGCCCAACUAAGAAGAAAGUGGAAAGAUCCUUGGAAGGCCAGGUCACUGAGAUUGUCUACAAAGGUACUCAUAACCAUCCCAAGCCUCAGUCUACCAGGAGAUCAUCAUUAUCAUCUUCUCAAACAAUUCAAGCUUCCAAUCCUCCCAACAAUGAAGUUCCUGAUCAGCCAUUUGUGGCGCAUGGCACUGGACAAAUGGAUUCCGUUGCAACACCAGAGAAUUCAUCAAUCUCCAUGGGGGAUGAUGACUUUGAGCAGAGCUCUCAGAAGAGUAAAUCAGGAGGAGAUGACUUCGAUGAAGAUGAACCUGAGGCCAAAAGAUGGAAAAAGGAGAGUGAAAAUGAAGGUAUAUCAGCCCCUGGGAGUAGAACAGUCAGAGAACCUAGAGUUGUUGUUCAAACAACCAGUGACAUCGAUAUCCUCGACGAUGGCUAUAGAUGGAGGAAAUAUGGACAGAAAGUUGUCAAGGGAAAUCCAAAUCCCAGGAGCUACUAUAAGUGCACGAACCCAGGAUGUCCCGUGAGAAAGCAUGUCGAGAGAGCCUCCCAUGACCUCAGGGCAGUGAUAACAACCUAUGAGGGGAAGCACAACCAUGAUGUGCCGGCAGCGCGAGGCAGCGGCAGCCACUCCGUCAACAGGCCAUUGCCAUUGCCCGACACCACCGCCGCCGCCACCACCAACAACAAUAUGCCAAUGGCAAUCAGGCCUUCAACCAUGACCCAUCUCCCCAACAACUCAACCACCAACCCUCUUCGCCAUGUCAGGCACCCCACAUCAGAAGCCCAAGCAGCACCCUUCACGCUAGAGAUGCUGCAGAGCCCUGAUGGCUUCGGAUUCUCCAACUUCGGCAACUCCAUGGCCACUUACAUGAACCAGCCACAGCACCAGGACAAUGUGUUCUCCAGAACCAAAGAAGAGCCCAGAGACGACAUGUUAUUCGAGUCUCUGCUCUGUUGAAGCUCUGCCCAGCUUCAGGCAAGGUUUGAAGAUCAGAAGAAGGAAAAAAAAGAACAAAAUCAAUAAGGAAGCUUUAUUUCAUUUAAUUAUCCCCCAUUUUGUUUGUUUUUUUGAUGUAUAUUUCUACAGGUAUGUGGUUAUGUAUAUUCAAAAUUUGGCACUAAAUUUAUUUUUUGAAUUUGUCACACAGCUCCAAUUCAUAUUGUAGUUAAUUUUUCCCCAGAUAAAAAUGUCAUAAAAGGGAACAAAAAAAGUUUAUAUAAUUUUUUAUUUAUUUUA